UGGACAUACUUGGGAAAUCAAAUAUACAUACACAUAAACACGUAGACAUACACUUGCAUAGCCCUAGGUAGCCUUAUUUCUGUAAUCUACCAGCACCGGCAGCUGCUGCAGUACUCGAAUAACAUACUCUGCUUCAUUCAGCACUCAGCAACCAACCAACAACGAAGCAAUCAGCGGCCCGCCAAUCUACUUGUGAUUCAGCCAACCAGCUUUCCUACCCAGUAGGUAGUCAUCCAACUAGGAUAACCAACUAAGAACACUGUGCAAUAUGGUAUGGCCACUGCUAGCCUGUUUGCGAGACUAUUGCGCUAAUUGCUCCUUGGCCGGUAUCAGUUACAUUGCCAAUAACAAAUUGCAUAUCAGCGAACGUGUGUUCUGGCUACUUUGCGUCAUAUUGUCCGCCUAUGGCUCCUACACACUUAUUUCGACAUUCCAGCGAGACUUGGAAUUGUUCGCAGUGAGCAUUGUCUACGAAAGCCUAACACCGUAUGAUAAGUACUAUUUUCCCAGCGUGGCGGUAUGUGAGACGAUGGAGAAGGAUGGCACCACACCACCAGUUGAAGAAUAUAUAAAAAGGUGCUGGCCUGAUGACUAUGAAUAUGACAUUGAAAUAUUUGUACUAAAACUACUAUUUCCGCAUGAGUACAACUCGGGUAAUGCAAAGGCGCAUUGCUUCGAUAAGGAGGGCAGUGAUACAGAGUGUCCACAUACGGCCUAUCGAGAACUUAUAAGAAUGCUUCAUCAGAAUUGCACAACCGUAUUAGCGGAAUGUUCGAUGGGCGGCAAGGCUUUCAACUGCUGCCAUUACUUUCUGCCACUUCAGACACCUUAUGGUUAUUGCUUUCUACUGAAUUCAUUACAAAAUAAUCAACCCGAUAGCAUACAUUGGUUCCCGAAUGUGGUUGAAGACAAUCAAGUAGCUGCGACUAUGCGUCUGGUUAGCAACGUGGCAGUUGAGGUUUUUGUUCUCAACAGAGAAGAUGUACCCUAUGCCAAUUUAGCUGGUAUUACAGCGAAGAUAGCCACACCGGGCAAACAUACGGACUUUCAAAUUUCUCUACUAGAAAUGGUUAACGAUCAUGAUGUGCAUGAAGUGUCACCAGAGCAUCGAGGUUGCCGUUUUCCCGAGGAGGUCAAGCCACACUCAUCUUUUCGUGUUUAUAGCUUCAGCACCUGUAUUGUUGAUUGUAUUCGUGCGCUACAAAUGCGCUCUUGCAAUUGCACGAUGUUCAAUUUCAUGCCGGUGGCGCGUAGGGAUGCACCCGAUUGCGAUUACGACGGUUAUUUGUGCUUGGAGAAGGAGACAAAGGCAACACCAGAUGUUAAGAGUCUGCUACCAUGGCCCGAGAAUAAUGAAACAUGCGAUUGUUUACCUUCGUGUACCGAGCACGAUAUACGUAGAGUUUCGGAAUAUAGUCCAAGAGUAACCAAAGGUAUUAACACACGCAGCAUUGCAAUUAGCCUCUCUAGUCGGCCCACGGAACGGUAUCAUCGUCAAGCGCUGCGUACACGCUUGGACAUUGUGGUCACUAUUGGCGGCACGUUGGGUCUGUUCUUGGGCGCCAGUAUUCUAAGCCUAAUCGAGUUCAUUUACUUUUUCACUUUGCGACUUUAUAAUAACAUUCGUAUGUCGCGAAGCAGUGGCCGCAAUGGAGGAAAAGUUCGAGGAGGAGUUUAUUAAGGGUCGACCAAGUAUGGAAUAUUGAGAAAAUGUAAAUGGGGCAAUCGGGUAUUAACUUGAUGGACAUAUCUUUUUAGAUUUAACAAUAUUAACAAAUUUUAAUGAUUCUA